AUGCUCCCUAGAGUCAACUUCUUUACCUGGAUUUCUCUUUGGCGUGUGCCUACGAUAAGAGUUAUGAUCAACUUAGCAAGAAGUGAUGAAAAUUGGGAGUUGGAAGAUUCGUUAUGUAAACUCAUGUUUAAACCAAUUCUCGAAAGUAAUCAUCCUGAAUGGAUUGCCUUAUUCCCUGAAGUAAAUAUUUGCACCCAAGAAAUUAAUUUACUACACAACAUGCAAUCUCAAAAGUACUUCCUACCAGUGUUCGAAAAUGUUUUAUAUCCUCGGUUUUCAGGGUUUUAUAACGUUAUUUUUACUUUGCAAUCUUCACCAAGAACUUUUACAAGAUUAUAUGACGUGACGGUUUGGUAUACAAGAGAAAAAAAAAUGGGAAGUGAUGAAUUGAUUGAUUUAAAGGAACAAUUCCGCCCACCCACAUUACUAGAAUGUUUUGCUUCAAAAUCAAAAAUUACAGUACAAAUUCAUGUCAAGAGUAAAUUAUUAUCAUCAAUUCCAGUUAAAAGAUCCAAAAUUGAAAAAUGGCUUGAAAAAUCUUGGGUUGAUAAAGAUCAAAGGUUAUCAAAUGAAAAGCUACACAAAAUUUCUGAAAGUAUGAAUAAAGAAUUUCAACAUAAAGACCAUGUUUCUAUAGUUACUCCUCUUGAAUAA